AUGUGGGAGUUGUUAUCAGAAGGUCCUCACUACACUGUGUGUAAUCAAGAGCUACAUUUUCAUUGUGCUGGAAUAACUGAAGCUGGCUAUCGCAAGCUGGGAGACAGAAAGUCCACCUGGCGAUGUGUCAAGUGUAAGCAAACUCACUCUAUUCAGCCUCCUUUAUCACAAAGUAUUGAAUCCGAUGCACUAAUACUUAAGGAGAUAAGAGCUCUCUCCGGUAAACCGGCGCCAUUAGAAUGCCUUAAAAAUGAAGUCAUUGCCCUGAGAUCUGAAUUUGCUGAUCUUAAAUCUUCACUAAAUAGUACUAAUUUGACGCUAAAAGAAUUUAAUGACAAAAUAAAGGACUAUGAACAGCGUCUAGUACAUGUCGAUAAAGUACAAAAACAUACUAACCUAAUUCAGACACUGUUAUAA